CCGAGGACACCCAGGAUGGAGAUAGGGACACAGGCACACCCGGACUGGUCCAGCACGGGGACAGGGACACACAGGAUGGGGAUGGGGACAUGGGGACAGUCCAGUCCCCCCGGUGGCCCCGCAGGAGAGCCGGAGUUCCGCUACGUGGCCGGCAUGCACGGGAACGAGGUGCUGGGCCGGGAGCUGCUGCUGAACCUGAUGGAAUUCCUGUGCCGGGAGUUCCGCCGGGGCGACCCCCGCGUGGUGCAGCUGGUGACGGGCACGCGCAUCCACCUGCUGCCCUCCAUGAACCCCGACGGCUACGAGACUGCCUACAAGCUGGGCUCGGAGCUGGCGGGAUGGGCCAUGGGCCGCUGGACGUACGAGGGCAUCGACCUCAACCACAACUUUGCCGACCUGAACACGGCGCUGUGGGACGCCGAGGACAACGACCUGGUGCCCCACGAGUUCCCCAACCACUACAUCCCCAUCCCCGAGUACUACACCUUCGCCAAUGCCACGGUGGCCCCGGAGACGCGGGCGGUGAUCGCGUGGAUGCAGCGCUACCCGUUCGUGCUGAGCGCCAACCUGCACGGCGGCGAGCUGGUGGUCACCUACCCCUUCGACAUGAGCCGCACCUACUGGAAGGCGCAGGAGCUGACCCCGACCCCCGACGACGGCGUCUUCCGAUGGCUGGCCACCGUCUACGCCACCGCCAACCUGGCCAUGGCCAGCGGAGAGCGCCGCCCGUGCCACUACGACGACUUCACGCGCUACGGCAACAUCAUCAACGGCGCCAACUGGCACACGGUGGCUGGCAGCAUGAACGACUUCAGCUACCUGCACACCAACUGCUUCGAGAUCACCGUGGAGCUCUCCUGCGACAAAUUCCCGCACGCCUCCGAGCUGCCCGAGGAGUGGGAGAACAACCGCGAGUCGCUGCUGCUCUUCAUGGAGCAGGUGCACCGGGGGAUCAAGGGCGUGGUCCGGGACAGUGACACCGAGCAGGGCAUCCCCAACGCCAUCAUCUCCGUGGAUGGCAUCAACCACGACGUCCGCACCGCCUCAGACGGGGACUACUGGCGGCUGCUGAACCCGGGCGAGUAUGAGGUGACGGCGCGGGCCGAGGGCUACGAGGCGGCCACGCAGCCGUGCCGGGUCUACUUCGAGAACGUUCCCACCCCGUGCAGCUUCCGCCUGGCGCGGGCGCGGGGCCGCCACCGGCCCGGGAAGACCCGGCCGGGCCCCGACCCGGCCCUGCGGCUGCAGCGGCUGCGGCUCCGCCGCCUGCGCGCCCACGGCCGCGGGCAGUGACCGGGGCGGCCCCGGGGCCGCGGGCUCGGCCGGGGG